GACCAGACGUCAAUUUAAAUGGCACACCAUUCUAGCUGAUUCUCCUUUCGACUUGUAUUAGCCAUUUGGCUGUGUUAAUUCUUCUAUUUUUCUAUUUUUCUAUUUUUCUAUUCUUCUGUUCUUCUGUUCUUCUGUUCUUCUGUUCUCCUGUUUCUUCUGAUCUCCUAAAACGUUUCAACCUCACUCUGUCUUUUUUUCCCCCUCCUGGAAAUCAAACAAUCAUGACCUGGAUACGGCAAUAUGACCUUCCCGCGUUACGCGAGUACAAAUACUCUGGUGUUGACCAUUCGCUGGUUAGUCGAUACAUCAUGAAGCCGUUUUAUAGUAAUGUGGUGAUUCAUUUGUUUCCGAUGAACAUGGCGCCGAACCUCAUUACUUUGACCGGCUUCAGUUUUGUGGUGAUCAAUUUCUUGACGCUGUUAUACUAUAAUCCGACCUUGGAUACGGAUUGUCCGGCAUGGGUAUAUCUUAGUUGGGCUAUUGGGUUGUUUUUGUAUCAGACUUUUGACGCUGUGGAUGGGAUGCAGGCUCGCAGGACGAGACAGAGUGGCCCGCUUGGGGAAUUGUUUGAUCAUGGUGUCGACGCUUGCAAUACGGUCCUGGGCGUGUUUAUCUUUGCCGGUACGAUGAAUCUCGGUCAAUCGUGGGCUACAGUUUUGACGCUGUGGGGUGCCGUUAUGACUUUCUACGUCCAGACCUGGGACGAAUACUUUACUCAUGUCCUCACGCUCGGCAUCAUCUCCGGCCCUGUGGAAGGUAUUCUGACUCUGUGCGCCGUCUUCUCGUUUACUGCAUACAUGGGCGGAGGCAGUUUCUGGCAUCGUCCCAUGCUCGCGACACUCGGUGUCUCGCAACCUUCUUUCCUCCCAGUUACCGUGUACGAAUUACCGUUCACUUCAUGGUACAUGAUCUACGGGGCAUUCAUGCUCUUCUUCGCAACAGGCAGCAGCAUCAUCAACGUCAUGAAAGCUCGCCGCGCUCGAAUGGAGAACCCCAUCACCCCUUUAUUCGGCCUCUUACCGUUCAUAUACAUGUGGAUUUUGACACCCGUGUAUCUGUUCCUGCAACCGAAUAUCCGCCAAAACCAUCUACUCCCGUUUUUGAUCUACGUCGGUAUCGUUAAUGCCUAUUCAGUUGGUCAAAUGAUUGUUGCGCAUUUGCUCAAGACUUCAUUCCCGCGAAGCAACGCUUUGAUUUGGCCGCUUGCUGUGGCUGUGGUUGAUAGUCUUGGCCCGUUUACGGGUCUGUGGCCCAGCGUCUUGGGAGAUGAUAUUUAUCAGGUUGCGUUUGUUUUCACGGCGCUUGGGCUUGCGGUUGGUGUGUAUGCUAGUUUUGUGGUAAGUCUUACAUCUCGAGCUGCUUGAAGGUCUUGUCUAACUGUAUAGCACACUGUGAUUGUCACGAUUUGCGAUUACCUUGAUAUUUGGUGCUUGACUAUUAAGCAUCCGUAUGUCGAGGGGGAAGAGCAACUCAACGGAAAUGGCAAGAAGACGUUAUGAUAGCAGAUAUUUCGAUCAGGGGAGUAGCUGGAGGGAGAUAGAUGACAAUGGUUCGGGGUCCAUUUGACGAAUGAUCUCAAUAGCAUAAUAGCAUAAUGCGAAUAUCCCACUAGUUAGUUUACCAUAGCGUAUACAAAUAAUACUGAUUCACGAUGAGUCG